AUGGACGACUCAGAAGCAGAAACCGACAGAAACAACUCGUGCGCGCUGACACUCGAAGCGCCAUCGUCUCCUGAGACCGAGCUCGUUGCGCAGGGCAAGCGGAAGGCCACACGCAAGAAGACGGGCAAGCGCGCACGCAUCGAGGUCGCGCCCGACUCCAACCGCGACUUGGCGAUCAAACGGCUCUACGAAAAGUACAAGAAAGCACCACAGUACGACCUGAAUAGUGAGGAAGUGUUUUGCAUCUGCCGUAAACCCGACACGGGCGAACUCAUGAUCGCGUGCGACGAGUGCGACGAAUGGUUUCACUUCUCGUGCAUGAAGUACCCGAAGGACCACCAGAAGUUGAUCUUCAAGUUUUACUGUCUCUUUUGCGAGUGGCGCGCGCUCGGCACGACCUUGUGGAAGAAGCAAUGCCGGCUCCCUGGCUGUCUCCAGCCUAUCCGCCAGGUCUCGAAGUACUGCUCGGAGGAGCAUGGGAUACUUUUUAUGAAGAAAUACGUCUUGGACCGCGCGUUUCGCGAGGAUAACUUGAGCGUCCUGGAGGUCAGCACCGUGGCGGGGCUUGCGGAUGUGGCCGUGAUAGCUCGGCUCGGUGCGGUGUUUCCACGUAUCGCGUUCUCUGAGGACUACGCGGAGCUACCCGCGGAGACACGCACGAAAAUCCAGGAGAUUUCCACGGCGUUAGCUGCGGCCACGCACGCUACUGCCGAAGUGCGUGCGAAGGCCGCGUACGUAGCGCGCCUCAAGGAGCGCGUCCGACUCUGGAACGACACUCUCACGGAGCGCAUCAAUGCCGACACAGGAAAGAAAGCCAAGCGCAUCAAGGUGGACGUGUGCGGAUUUAACAGCCACUUGCGGCUUCCGCCAACGUCUUGGGCCGAAUUUACGCGCAGCGCCGAGUACCUGCAGCCGUCAGAUGCCGACGCCGACGCCGAUGCGUUAUAUGUCGCAUAUUCGAAUCGCGACGCGACACGCGCAUACCACCUGGUGUGCAUCACUGACAGGCGGAAGUGCAUCAAACACAAUGGCUGGCUUGCCAUAGCAAAUGAUGAGGCUAGUACUGCGCUCCACAAUCUCGAGCGUGUAAAAAGGCAGCUCGUCGACCGCCGGGAGGUCAUUUUGAAGGACUACACGAUCCAGGUGUACGAAGGAAGUCAAAAACUGACAGAAUGA